UAACUUGAAAGCCUCGCCGCCGCCGCCGCUUCUCGCCCACCCUCGGAGAGCAGCGCCGGCGUCCCGCGGGCGGCGGCGGCGGCGGGGAAAGGUCCUUCCGACCUUCCCGGGGAGAGGACCGCGCAGGUAGGGGUCUUACCCUGGCCCGGCCGCCCCUCCUUCCCUCAAGCAGAAAAAAAAACCACUUCUGAGAGAUGCGCUCCGUUGUCUCCCUGCUGUUUAAUUGCCUGUCCUUAAAACCGAGAAGGAAAUUUCAUUAUGGCAGUUCUCCCUUCAACCUAUAACCUCAGCAGUGGUGGCUGAGCUGAAGUUCCUGCGUUCCAAGAAGAGAAUGUAUAAAAGGAAUGGCCUCAUGGCCAACGUGACAGUGACCUCCGCCACUCCAGAGGGCAGUAGCAGCUCUGACUCUCUGGAAGGACGGAGUUCGGACUACGCUCACAAGAGCUACGAUGCUGUGGUGUUUGACGUGCUCAAAGUAACCCCAGAGGAGUUUGCGAGUCAGAUUACACUGAUGGAUAUGCCAGUAUUUAAAGCUAUACAGCCAGAGGAACUUGCAAGUUGCGGAUGGAAUAAAAAGGAAAAACACACCCUCGCCCCUAAUGUUGUUGCCUUUACAAGGAGAUUUAAUCAGGUCUGCUUCUGGGUGGUACGAGAAAUUUUAACAGCCCAGACCUUAAAAAUAAGGGCAGAGAUCCUGAGUCACUUUGUGAAAAUAGCAAAGAAACUUCUAGAACUGAACAACCUUCAUUCUCUCAUGUCUGUGGUCUCAGCUCUCCAAAGCGCACCUAUUUUCAGGUUGACCAAAACCUGGGCCCUUUUGAACCGCAAGGACAAGACCACUUUUGAGAAGCUGGACUACUUAAUGUCGAAGGAAGACAAUUACAAGAGGAUGCGAGAGUACAUCCGAUGCUUGAAGAUGGUGCCCUGCAUUCCUUAUUUGGGGAUUUAUCUCUUGGACUUAAUCUACAUCGAUUCAGCCUAUCCAGCUUCCGGAAGCAUCAUGGAAAACGAACAAAGAUCUAAUCAAAUGAACAACAUUCUCCGAAUAAUUGCUGAUUUGCAAGUCUCUUGUAGCUACGAUCACCUUCUAAUGUUACCCCACGUGCAAAAAUACUUGAAGUCCGUCCGGUAUAUUGAAGAGCUUCAAAAAUUUGUGGAAGACGACAACUACAAAUUGUCCCUAAGAAUCGAGCCAGGAAACAGUUCCCCGCGGCUGGUCUCAUCAAAAGAAGACCUCGCAGGUCCGUCCGAAGUGUCGGCAGCUGUAAGGUUCACCAGGAGGCCCACCUGUCCUGACGCCUCGGUAGCGGCCAGCAUGCACACCCCUCCUGUUCCACGACACAGGAAGAGCCACAGCCUCGGAAACAAUAUGAUGUGUCAAUUCAGUGUAGUAGAAAGUAAAAGCGCCACCUUCCCAACAGAGAAACAGCGCCACCUGCUGGACGACAGUGUCCUAGAAUCUCACAGCCCUGUCAGGAAUCGCCCGCUAAAUUCUGUUUUCACCAAUGGUGUUUCCCUCGAAAGCAGCGAAAGUUCAGAAUUCAGCGAAGAGCCGUCCUCGGGGCUGGAAAGGGGUCGGUUGUACGCCACGCUGGGGCCCAACUGGCGGGUGCCAAUACGGAAUUCACCCAGAAGUCGGAGCUGUGUCUACAGCCCAGCAGGUGCCUGCAGCUGCAGAUCAGGGGCUUUCAUGGGUGUUGUGACUAUGGAAGGCCCCCUGAGAAGAAAGACGUUGCUGAAGGAAGGGCGGAAGCCUACGCUGUCUUCCUGGACCAGAUACUGGAUUACACUGUCGGGAUCCACUCUGAUCUAUUUCGGAGCCAAGUCCUUAAGGGGCAGCGAGAGGAAGCACUAUAAAUCGACUCCCGGAAAGAAAGUUUCCAUCGUGGGCUGGAUGGUAGCCCUUCCUGAUGACCCGGAACAUCCUGAUAUCUUUCAGCUGAACAAUCCAGAUAAAGGCAAUGUUUACAAGUUCCAGACCGGUUCCAGGUUUCACGCAAUAUUGUGGCACAAACAUCUGGAUGAUGCCUGCAGAAGCACCAGGCCUCAGGUACCUGCCAACCUUAUGUCAUUUGAGUAACCUGCUCCAGUGUGCGGUAUAACGUCCGGUGCCAAACUGCAAGAUGGGAAGAUGGGUUUCCAUUGAAGCAAGGAGGAAAGACUUCAGAGCAAACCAGCUGUCUCUCCCAGAGCGACUUCAGCACUUUUCUACAUAACUUGAAAGUAAUUAUGAUACAGCUUCUAGAAACAGAAACGUGAAUGUUAUCCUUGGGACAGGAUCUAACUCACUGCACUGAUGAAAGAGAGGAUUUGGACUGUUUGGAGAUGCAGCCUGACCCAUCACAGAACCUUUGGGUCCUUAACACUAGCCGUGGAGGUCCCAACGGCUGUGGAUUUUUGUCCUGCCACAAAUUUACCUGUCACAUCUCUGCAGAUGUUUUUUUUUUAACUGCUCUUUUUACGGUCAAGCUGCUUUAUGUGACUCAAGAACUUUUAGCCCAUGUUGGGUUUACACUUAUUUCUAAUGCACAAAACAACAAACAUUUGACAGUGUUAACUUGCUGCAGAGGGUCAACUAGAAUAGAACAGUUGUGAAAAAAACAUUUUUAUAACCUUAAGUGCACUGAGCUGCUUCGCCCUGCUGGCUGCCUCAGAUUUUUGUAUCAAACUUAGGGAACGCGACUGACGUCCCGAACCGAAGCUCUUUGGGAAAUGUGUAUUUUGGCACAAGAUGAAAAAAAAUAUCACCUGUAAUUUUUCUGUUUGUAACUCAUAAUUAAUUGUGCUGUAUUUUGCGGUGGUGGUUAUGCUUUGUUGUUUUUUAAGUUAACUGGAGGUACCGCUAGCAAUGAAGGGACUAAUUGCUGCUGAAAUACGGUCAGUUUUAAGGCUUCUUCUGGGUUACUUAUCUCAAAGGAAAGAUUUGCCUUAAAUUGUUUGGCUUGGGGGGCUGAGGCGGGGGGAGAGCUGUUCAUUCAAAAUGUCCCGCUGGGUGAGCUUCUCCUACAUCCCACAGCUGGUUUUAGAACUUCCUGAUCCCAGGAAGCAUUUGUUGAGGGGGAAAGUAUUAAUAUGGACUCUCCUUCCCUUGUUUCUGCUAAAAGAGAGAAGGUUUUCACCAAACACAAAAGCCAGCGUUCUUUUAAGCAAGGUAGACUAACUAAAAUGUCCCCCCCAUUUCUUGAUUUCCCAACCAUGCCUUUCAGCGAAGUCAGGAGCUGCUUCUUAGAGGCAGCCAAAUGACCCAGCUGCUUAAUACAGAUGUGGGGAGCCCGUGGUCAUUUUGGAUAAACAGCACUCUUUGGCUUGAAAGACCAGCAUCCCGGCUACUGAUCUGACUGUAUCUUGGUUCUCUUCCAAGCCGUUGUUUACUUUAUGCUAAAUGUCUCCGCCGUUAAUGAUUGUAAUGCAUUUUUAAGUGUCCCGCCGUAUUGUCUGAUCUCCUGUUCUGAAGAGCGAAGGAAGGUAGAGAAAUUCUUGGAUUUGGACAGGUAAUGAGAAAAACGCGUCUCGGCCCCCAGCAUUUACCCCCAAUCCUCGUUUUCUCUCGCGGCGAAAUUGUUGGAAGCCAUUCGAGCAAAUGGUGGGUUACAAGUUAGGUAGUUGCGGUAGAAGUUCAGGACGGGCACAUAGGUAGGGGUUUCCUGAUGUAGCCUCCGUUGCAAUUCUGAAUGUCUGCGGUCCCAGAAUGAUUAUUCCGGAGAAUACAUCACUUCUCUGGAUUUUCUGUCAAAUGGCUUAAUAACAACUCUGUGUAGGAGCCUGCGCCAUUCACCCGGAGCCUUUAAAAAGCUGCAUAAUGACAAUUAAAAAUCUGGCUUCCAACCCGAUUAACCCAGCUAGGAAAUUAAUUGCAUCUGGCAAAUUUGGGUUCCAAUUGCAUUAAUCUCCUUUCGCAACUCUGCUAAAAUUUCAGUGUCUCUAUUUAUUUAUUUAUUUUUAAAAAAAUAAGCUGCUGAAACGCCUUCUGAGAAGCAGUCAAGCAAACAAGAAAACUUUUCUCCGUUAUGAAAAACCGAUUUGCAACAAAAGGGAAUCGUGGUUGGUUUGUUUUUAAUAACAGAGGGAUGAGGCUGUUAGCAAGCUGUGAUGAGACAAAUGCAAAUCGGCAUUUAGUCAAAAGGAAAAAAAAAUUGGUACAAAAAAACAAAACCUGUUGCUUAGAGAAUAAAAUACAGACAGCGGGCUCCUAUUACAAAAAAAAAAAUCAGGUUUUUAAUUGCCCAGAAUGAAUUCCUAUUUACACCAAGGAUUGGACUAGUGCAAUAAAAUUAACCCCAUUCGUAAACCUUUCUGGACUGACUUGGAGAUGAGCAAGUUAAUUGAAGCUAAACGAUUUAAUGGCAACAGCCCAAGCCAGACACUGUUUUAAACAAAUUUAUGAAAUUGUACGUGCGCUGAACCUUAGUUAGUCUGACUUCCCAGAAAAUAAGUUCAGGAUUUGAUUGUCAAAUGCUUUCAGAACGAAAAAUUGAUUAUUGAUUUACUGGGUGAGAAAGGAAGGUGGGGGGGAACUCCACUCUAAAAAUGGCCCUGUUUUAAAAAGUGGUAAGUACCGGCAUAUUCUCACCAUCCUCCAUCAUUUUAGUUCGUCCCUUCCUGUGAAGAGUUUUCGGGACUGGAAAUCACUACUUUUUGGGGUGUUUUUUUUUUAAAUGACAUUGGAAAAUGUGCUUGUUCCGGCGUAACUCUCCAUUGUAAAGAAAGAAACCUGCAGGCGUUUGCAGAGAGAAGGCCAAAAUGUUGAAAGUCCCUCUGCGACUCUGUAUUUGGAAUGUUUUUCACUUAAAUUUCGUUUUUUUAAAAAAUAAUAAUCAUUUAAAAAAAAAAUAAGAAAAGAACCAGUGUUGCAAAGGAAGACCUGCCACAGUUUUUGACUUUGGUAGAGAGCUAUAGAAGCACUGUAACCCAUAUAAGCCCGGAGAAAAAUGUACAGUAAUGAUGGCGUAACAUGGUGCUUCAUUCAGCAAUACAGGCAGCAGGGUGGUUUGAAAAAAGUGAAUUAAAUGAGUAAUAGAACAGUGUAUUCUUCUUCUUAGCAUAAUCCACGUUUAAAUGGUAAUUGUCCUAUGAAAAGCAUGAGGAUUUGAUAGCUGCUUUUUUUUUUAAAGUGUUUUGUUUUUAUCGUGCAUCUUUGACUGUGAAUUAAGCGGGUGCAUAUUGGUACUACUUUAAAAAAUCGGGUCACCCCCCCCAAGAGAAGGCACCACGCCCUCCUUAUCCAGAGCCCCUCCCCCACGUCUCUGUCCAACGACGGAUCUGGCCAAAGCUCGGUCAAUGUGAAGUUUUCCGCUUUGGAAAGGACCUUCGGAGCCGGCGUGGAUGAGACGGUUCCCGUGGGCAUCACACAGGGUGGGAGAUGCACUGAGGCUGUGCUAUAGGACUAUUACCACAGGCGUGAAAAGAGUACAUUUUCACACACACACACACCACCCAUCUCUGUGGAGCUCCUUCAACCGGAGGCGCCUUCUUCCCGGCCCGGCGAAGCAAAAACGGGUCGAGGUGAAGAUGCCUUUGGUUGAAGGAAUGGAGCUUGGCGCACGUGUGGAUAUAUGUCUGUGCUCCAAGGGAGGUUAUUAUUUUUUAUUUUAUUUUUUGCCUUGUACACCUUCACCUACCCUGUCCAGCCCAGGACAAGUCGCCCUGUGGGACUGACCGCCGUUGUAGCCAUUUUUGGGAAUAUGGUCCCCGUCCCUUGACUUCCACGAUGACAAUUCGUGUAGCAACAUUCAUUCAUUCUUAAUUUAUUAGCUCGUGUAAACUUAGUGCCAAAAUGCAUGGUGGACUGGUUUUUUUUCUUCUCUCUCCCCCCCCCCCCCCCAAAGUAGCACUCGAUGGAGGCAGAAACCAGAAGUUUUCAGAGGUUUUGGCCUUUGUGGUUUCAGCCCAUUUCUAGAUUUUGGUUUUAUUUCGCUCAGUGAGACCCGUUGCACUAUUUUACUUUAUUUCCCACCCACCCCCUCACGUCCCCUUUAGCCAUAUUUCCAGCGGUCCACUGCAUGGGAUUUUAUUGUAAAGGCCUUUUCUCUCCCAAGCCUUGUGAAUUGUCUCCUUCCGGAUAAACUUGUUACAUUGCUAAUAACUGUUUCACUAAAUAAAACAAAAAGUUUAAUGUAAAACAACAUGGCUCAGUGUUUUUUCUUCUUUGAACUACAA